AUGCUUUCGAUUUCUCCUCUGACGAGCUACGUGAGCAUGUCUGAUGUCGAAUUCAGUCUCGGAUGGUAUUGGCAAACAUUUCGUGGACGACGUUUCAUUGGACAUGACGGUUCCUUGCCUGGCGUGCGAACGUCAAUGAUGGCUAACGAAAAACGAAAUUUAGGAGUGAUCAUUUUAACAAAUGGAGAUAUUAUUCAAAAUGAUCACCAUGCUGAGAAAGUCAAAGCUACAAUCGUUGAUUUGAUGAUGGAUUUAGACGACUGUUAUGAGCCAAAGACAAGUAUUGCUUAUCAUCCACACGUGAGUGUCAUUUACAUCUGGUGGACACUCAUCAUCCUUUGCUUUCUCAAAUAA